UGGUCACCUCCAGGUAGUUCAUCUGCUUACUGGCAGAGGGUCAGAGGUGGAGUGUAAGAACAAGGGUGGAUGGACACCUCUAAUGUCUGCUGCGGAUGAAGGUCAUUGUGAUGUAGUCAUUGACCUACUGUCACUUGGUGCUGAUAUCAAUGCUCAGAAUAAAGAUGGAGACUCAGCACUGAUAAAAGCAGCCAACUGGGGUAAGACUGAUGUUGUAGUGGAGUUGGUGAAGGGAGGAGCCAAUUUGGACCUACAGAAUGAGGAUGGAUACUCAGCACUGAUGAAAGCAGCCUGGCUGGGUGAGACUGAUGUUAUAGUGGAGUUUGUGAACGGAGGAGCCAAUUUGGACCUACAGAAUAAGGUUGGGGACUCAGCACUGAUGGAAGCAGCCUGGCGGGGUAAGACUGAUGUUGUGGUGGAGUUGGUGAAGGGAGGAGCCAAUUUGGACCUACAGAAUAAG